AUGCACUGCAGCUGCUUGGCUGAGAGCACCCCUGCCAUCCCUAGCAACUACUGGAUCUCAGGCUUGGCCUUCCCCGACUGGGCCUACAAAGCUGAGUCGUCCCCAGGCUCCCGGCAGAUCCAGCUGUGGCACUUCAUCCUAGAGCUGCUACAGAAGGAGGAGUUCCGCCAUGUCAUUGCCUGGCAGCAGGGAGAAUACGGGGAGUUUGUCAUCAAGGACCCAGACGAGGUGGCCCGCCUCUGGGGCCGUAGGAAAUGCAAACCACAGAUGAAUUAUGACAAGCUGAGCCGGGCCCUCAGAUACUACUACAAUAAGAGGAUCCUGCACAAGACCAAAGGCAAGAGGUUCACUUACAAGUUCAACUUCAGCAAGCUCAUCAUAGUCAACUACCCUCUAUGGGAGAUGCAAGCACCACCAUCACCCCACUUGCUGCUGGGAGCCCCUACCUUGUGUCGCCCAGCUCUGGUGCCCAUGGGUGUGCAGAGCGAGCUCCUGCAAAGCAUGCUGUUCACUCACCGGGCCAUGGUGGAGCAGCUGGUUGGCCAGUGGACCCCGAGAGGGCCCCCAGGGGCCUCUGGAGAUAAGAAGGGAAGCAGCAACAGUGACCAUCGGCUUGGCUCUGCCCCAGCCCCCUGCCGGCUGGGUUCCUGCUGCCAUUUCAGGAACCUCCCAGAUGAGCUGCCCGGUUUUGUCUCCUUCACCCCUCCCCUGCCGCCUCUUCUCCCUUCCGACUGGACUCGCCUCUCAAGGCCCUUCUUGCCCCCUCCCCCCACCACAGAGCAGCAACUUCUGGGGUCCUCCAAGCCAGACAUCCUGCUCCCAGGCCCCAGUUGCCCCCCAGGGACCCGGCAUUUUCCAGGGCUCCCCCUGGUGGCAGGGCUGGGACAAGGGGCUGGCGAGAGGCUUCGGCUCCUGUCCCUGAGGCCCGAAGGGCUAGGGGAAAAGCUUGAUCCCCUCAUGGGGACAAAAGGGGCCAUGGAUCUGAGGGAGAGCCUCUCCCCAGAGGCCCAUGGACUCAAAAUUGGGGAGGAAAGCCCUACAUCCCCCAAUCUGGAGAUUUUCAAAGCAGUGUGGCCCUUGGAUCCUCCUUAA